UGGACUUAAACUACGCGCCGUUUUUGGAGUUUUGACGAAUAUAAACAGUCUCGCACUCUCUCCACUGUCUGAACCGAACCCCACUUGAAGAAAGUGUCUCUCUUACCAGAUCUGAAUCUAUGGCGUCCUCUGAUUUCGAUGGAAUCCUCCUGGGAAUGGGAAACCCACUCCUCGACGUCUCAGCCGUCGUCGACCAAGAGUUUCUCGACAAAUACGACAUCAAGUUGAACAAUGCGAUUCUCGCUGAAGACAAACAUUUGCCCAUGUACGAUGAGAUGAGCGAGAAGUUCACUGUCGAAUACAUUGCUGGAGGUGCUACACAGAACUCAAUCAAAGUGGCCCAGUGGAUGCUUCAAAUCCCUGGGGCAACCAGUUACAUGGGAUCCAUUGGUAAGGACAAGUACGGUGAGGCAAUGAAGAAGGAUGCCACUGCUGCUGGUGUCAAUGUCCACUAUCAUGAAGAUGAGUCAGCAGGUACAGGAACUUGCGGUGUCUGCGUUGUUGGUGGAGAAAGGUCUCUUAUUGCGAAUCUUUCUGCUGCUAAUUGCUACAAGGUUGAACACCUAAAGAAGCCUGAGAACUGGGCUCUCGUUGAGAAAGCCAAGUUCUACUACAUUGCUGGAUUCUUCCUCACGGUAUCACCAGAAUCUAUUCAGUUGGUACGUGAGCACGCCGCUGCAAACAACAAGGUGUUCACCAUGAACCUUUCUGCUCCAUUCAUUUGUGAAUUCUUCAAAGACGUGCAAGUGAAGUGCCUGCCGUACAUGGACUACGUCUUCGGCAAUGAGACGGAGGCAAGAACCUUCUCCAGGGUUCACGGAUGGGAGACCGAUGAUGUUGAGCAAAUAGCAAUCAAGAUCUCUCAGUUGCCUAAAGCCACCGGAACAUACAAGAGAACCACUGUAAUCACACAAGGCGCAGAUCCAGUGGUUGUCGCCGAGGAUGGAAAGGUGAAGAAGUACCCAGUCAUCCUUCUCCCCAAGGAGAAGCUCGUUGACACAAACGGUGCAGGUGAUGCGUUUGUGGGAGGGUUUCUUUCGCAGCUGGUGCAUGGUAAGGCGAUCGAGGAGUGUGUCAGGGCGGGAUGCUACGCUUCAAACGUAGUGAUUCAGAGGUCUGGCUGCACUUACCCUGAGAAACCAGACUUCAACUAAAGCUGAAACUCUCUCCAAGCAUACUACUAUUAUCCCAAAUAAACGUCAGUAUUGUUGCUUGUAUCACAUUUUGAGGCUUUGAUCUAUUAAGUGUACUGUUUUUUUUUUCACAAAAACUAUGAAGUGAAAGUGUGUUUUGGCUCGUCUUUUAUCAUGCUUUUAAUAGAAUUUUUAUUGAUAAAUAAAAUAUUAGAUAAAAUAAAUAUCAUUAC